GUUUCUGCAGUUCGCAAGAACACGAUUCGAUUAUCACUUUAUCCCCAAACACAAGGACAAGGUGGGCAGAGGGUGGAGAUGCGUCCUGGCUUCACAGUUCUGUAAAAAGACACCGUUCCACUGUGUUUGAUUUUUUUUACCGGUUACCUCUGUCAGUGUUGAGUAUCCAAGAAAUACGGGAUGUCGAAGUUGGUGUGCGUCACCGGCGGCAGCGGCUGUAUAGGCUCAUGGCUCGUCCAUCUCCUUCUUGAACGUGGCUACACCGUUCACGCCACCGUCAAGGAUCUAAAUGAUAAUUCUGAAACAAAGCAUCUGGAAGCUUUUGAAGGCGCUGAGGCUCGCCUCCGUCUCUUCCAGAUCGACCUCCUCGAUUACAACUCCAUCGUUGCAGCCGUCGCUGGCUGUGCCGGCGUUUUUCAUCUCGCUUCUCCUUGCAUUGUCGAUCGAGUUCAAGAUCCUCAGAAGGAGCUUCUGGACCCGGCGAUUAAAGGCACAAUCAAUGUACUCACGGCGGCUAAGGAGGCAGGGGUGAGCCGUGUCGUAGUAACUUCAUCGAUCUCGGCAAUUACUCCGAGUCCUAAAUGGCCAUCUGAUGUUAUUAAGAAUGAAGAUUGCUGGACCGAUAUUGAAUACUGCAAGGAAAACCAAUUAUGGUAUCCGAUUUCUAAAACAUUGGCUGAGAAAUCUGCUUGGGAUUUUGCUAAGGAGAAAGAUUUGGAUAUUGUGGUGGUGAAUCCUGGCACUGUCAUGGGUCCCGUGAUUUCUCCAAAACUUAAUGCAAGCAUGAUAAUGCUUGUACGUCUGCUUCAAGGCUGCACUGACACAUAUGAGCACUUCUUUAUGGGAUCAGUCCACUUUAAAGAUGUGGCCUUAGCUCAUAUUUUGGUGUAUGAGAACAAAGCAGCUUCUGGCAGGCAUUUGUGCGUUGAAGCUAUCUCUCACUACGGAGACUUUGCAGCAAAGGUAGCUGAACUUUAUCCAGAGUAUAAUUUGCCUCGUUUGCCUCGAGAUACCCAACCAGGAUUGUUGAGAGCUAAAGAUGCAUCCACGAAACUGAUGGAUUUGGGUUUGAAAUUCAUUCCAAUGGAGCAAAUUAUCAGGCAAGCCGUAGAGGACUUGAAGAGCAAGGGGUUCAUUUGAUCAUUUCUUGAAUGACUCAUUUCAUAGCAACGAGAAUGAGUACUCAUCGGAGAUGGCACGAUUAAUGAAUGUACAAUAAUGUACAAAUGGUUAUGAGAGGUUAUGGGAGCCCAUAACUUGGUUGGUAUGGAUCGAUGUUAGCUUAACCAAAAUAAUGUUUGACUGUUUACCCAAUGGCUCUGCAAAAUCUAGUUGGACUCUUAGAUUGUGAUGUGUUUUACCGGUGUAAUCUUGUAAAUUAAAGUCAAAUGUUUUUCCCCCCUUCAUCGCCCCAUAUCUUGGGAAAUUUGGUGGUGUUAUCGCAUCCCAUCCAAAUUAAUUUGAAUUUUCACUGUGUUAAAUUAUUAUUGUCAACAACAAUCUCAUGAGUAUUUAGGGAUGCUUUUGA